AUGAUUCCGUCAACUGAUUAUUACAAUUACCACCACCAAAGAAGACCUUCUUUACCCUUGCCAUUGCCUUCAGCUACCAUCGCAUUAGGUUCACCAUUUAAUAUUCACCAUCCUGCUGCAAUUCCUAAUCAACAGACACAUUUGUUAUCUCCUUUACCACCAAUUAGCAAUUCUUCCAGUGCUGUGGCUGCUGCAAGUUCGUUUCAAUUACCUCGAUUUAAAUUGGCCUACCACACCCAGGAUCCAAUUACCCCUCCCACUAAGCCAAUAACAUAUCCAAUAACUCCCCCAUCUCCGCAACGCAACAGUUCGGUUGGUGUAAGCUCGUUUGUGUUGGCCCCCAUCAAUUCGCACUAUCUUAGUCCUAGCCAAGCUGCACCCAGAAGUUCCGCUCUCGUUUCUGUUCAUUCGUUGUUCAACCACCAAAAGAGCACUGGUUCUUCUCCAAAAUCUAAGCAUUCGUAUUACCAAUCCGUGUUCAAGUAUCUGAAGAAGGACAAGUCCGGCGGUGCCAUGAUUUCUAGAUUUCCUACAACCAACAUCGUCAAGAAACAAAAGCACAAGCCUCAUAAAGUUAAUAAACCUAAACCUAAACUGAAACAGUCAUCUUCAAUUCCCCUGAAUACUAUUAAUUACCCAAUCACUAAAGUUGAUAUUAAUGACCACCUCAAUUCAAUAUAUGCUUCUAUUGAAAUCAAAAAGUAUUCUACCGCAGCUAUAGAUCCAUUUAGACCAUAUCUCACUGUAUACGAGUAUUCGGUUAAUGAUAAUUGGAUCAUUUGGGAUUAUGAAACAGGGUUUGUUCAUCUUACUGGUAUAUGGAAAGCAAGUUUAAACGCGUCUACCCACCAAAAGGCAGACAUUGUGAAAUUAUUAGAAUCAACUCCAAAACAGUACCAACCAUACAUAAAGAGAAUCAGAGGUGGAUUUCUAAAAAUCCAAGGAACAUGGUUGCCAUACAAGUUGUGCCGCAUCUUGGCCAGACGGUUCUGUUAUUUUAUUCGCUUUGAAUUGAUUCCACUUUUUGGAAAAGAUUUCCCAGAUUAUUGUUUGAAGCCAGGAGAAAGAGGGUUUGGUGAAUUGAAAUUAGAUGAGAUCACUGAUGAGCAAGUAUUGGACUUGCCCAAGCAAAAUCCAUUGCCAGUCAAUAUAGUCAAUCACAUAUCCACACCAAUCAAAACAACCGAGAUUCUUGACCACCAAUUCCUUCCAAGACCUCGCCCUCUUCCACUCCCAAUGGAAACCCCCGAUUCAUCUCCUAAACAGCACUUUAGUCCCAAUAGUGAUGCCAGUAAUUCUUCAUCCACCAUUGCAUCCAUCUUUUCGAAUACCCACCGCACUAGUUCCAGCUCACCAAAUAUGUCAUAUACCGAUAUGCUAGAUAUAGUCAAUGCGUCUAAAUGCCUUCAAUCAAUAGCACAGGCCCAGCCUUAUCGUGGUAUGUGUGACGUGAAAUCUGAUGACAGCAGCUCUGACGAAGAAACACCAAAUUAUACAAUUAAGCCAAUAGCGACCCCCAACCUUGAUAUUACUAAUGCCGGGAUUGCUUCGCUGUUAUUAGUUGCUGCUGGUGUAUUACCAAACGGGAAGCGAGAUCUGAUGGUGAGUUCGCUAAGGACAGAUAUCAGGAAAAGUCCAACAGUGUUCCGAAGAGGAAGCAUGAAGAUUAAUGAUUUGCUAUCAUGAUUUGCUAUAGAGGUAUUUAAGGCUAUAUAUUGGAAUGGGCUGGUGUUUUAAUAUUAGGCUCUCUUUUCGAGUUUGUAUUUUUUCUGUUUAAUGUUAUAAUUAUUAAUUGCAA